AUUCUUCUCGAAGCCGAUCUACGAUAUCUUCAUAAGGCCUCGCGAUACGAUCGACCUCUCCGAGCCCCCGACGACUUUCCUUUAUAAAGAACUCGAGACACAGGCCGAGAACUAACUGAUAUGGAAUCAGUUGCAAAAGCAAGGGACCGACUCGCGAAAUAUCCCCUCUUAUACGCGAAGUGCUCGAAACAGGGCGCUUUGUACGCCCACUGCGUGCUAAUCAAAGAAAGUUCCGUGAAGAAAGACGAUUGCGCAAAAGAAUUCGCCGAUUUCAAGAAGUGUUUACAGUCGGCAGCGAAAGAUUCGAAAAUUAGGAUUUGAAAUAGAAAAAAAAAUGGAUCGCGUAUCGA